CACGUUUUAAGCAGUCACAAAUUGGGAUUAAUUUUUUCGCGACUCCAAAAGAAAUUUAAAAACUUUUUAAAAUACAAGGAAAGAAGAACGACUAGAUUUUUGUCUGAUCGUUCAGCAAUAACGAGCAUCAAAUUAACGUCAUUUUGUUUCGUAUUACGAUUGUUAAGGAAUUUCAAUCACCAUCAGCUUGCCAGAAAUCAUAAUUUUAAGCAUUUGACAUUUCAAUUUACUUCUAUCGGGUUAUGGAUUAAUGUGAUUAUACAUAGUUGAGACUAAUAUUUUAAUAUAAAAUAUUACAAAUUGAGUAAAUUCAUCACAUUGCUUACAAAUCAUGUCGUCUAUAGCUGUAACGCAAUGUCCAAGGUUUAUUCAGAAUGCAUGGAAGAAAGAUUUAUGUUCAAAUUGUUUUAAAUCAAAAGAGGAACAUGCAGCAAUUUUGCAAACAAUUAAGUCAAUUCCAACAACACCAAAAAGAGUGUUAAAUGCUCCAUCAAAAGGCAUAAUAAAGACAAUACUGCCAUCAAGCAAGAAGCAUAAGAAGAAGUCUGUCAAUUUUCCGUCAGAAGUUAGUAAGGUCAUAGGGGAAGGAGGUGAAUGGCUAGAUGGAGGUAAUAGUGAUGAUGAUGGUGAUGAUUUUCCAGACAAAAGUGGCGAGGAAUUGGUGUAUGACGAUGACGAGGAGCUGCAAAAGUUAACAAAAACAAAUACGGAAUUUAAUAUGAACAAUGGAAAUUUACUUGGUGAUCCGACCGUGAAUAUCAAGCGAUCUUUUGCUGCUCUAAAACUUGGAGCACCGCAGAAAGAUGCUACGGGCAAGAAACAAACUUUAAAAAUCUCAGUUACGCCAUUCAGUGGCAAUUCAUCCUCAACAUCAAUGUCUAGUUUAAAAUUGGACAUUAAGUCUAAAUUACCUUCAAAUGAUUCUUCACAUUCAAGCGAUAAGAAAAGUGAUAAGUCAAAAAAUAAUGGAAUAAUACUAAAGUCAAUAACACAUACUUCAGACGAUAGCUUCUCCACAACAAAGCAUAAAGUAAUUGCUUCCGAAACUUUAAACAACGAUGAAGUUGAUAAGUCGCCAACAGAUUUUGACGUUAAACUUGCAUCUGGUAAUGAAAAAUCGCUGCUUGAAGAGAUCAAUGAGACAUUAUUAAGUAAGAAAAUUCUUGUGAAUGAAGCAAAUGCGGCUCAAUCAAAGGUUGUCGAAGAAACAACGAAGAAUGACGUUAUUAAGGUCGAGAUUAAAAAUCACGAUAGUAUUACAUCUGCCGUCAUCUCGUCUUCUGAUUCAAUCACAAAUAUAACAUGUUCUGCGAACAAUCUGUUGAAUAGUAAACGCGCAAUCAUGCGAAAUAAUGCAAUAUUGAAAGAUAAGGAGAAACCAAAAAUUCAAGUCUGCACGAAUUCAAAGAAUUCAGAGUCUGAGAGUGAUUUAGAGUUUGGUACAACAUCCGAUUAUUAUGAUGUUGUUGAGGCUAGAAACAGUUAUGAAAAUAUUGGUGAUGGUAGUUCAACGAAGAAUGAAACAAUUGAUGUUAGUAUUACACAAAAUAAGACUGAAAUGGAACAGACAUCAACUGAUAAUUUUGUUAAUAAUAAUAAGUCGAGCUUUUUCACCAACCAAGUGAUUUCGGAUAUGUUUGUAUCAUCGCAGAACUCGCACAGUGAGUCAAUUAAAAAAUGCGCUGAAUCAUACGAUUUGAUGGAAAGUUCAUUUGUAUCCAGUAAAUUAACUUGUGAUGGCUUAAUUGUGACAAAAAAUCACUUAGAAGACGCACUUGAUUCGACUGGCUCAAGUUUUGACAGUUCUAGUGACGAAGAAUUGUCAAAUGGACGCAGUGAAUCGGACAGUGGCAUUGGAAUUAAAGGAACAUCGCAAUUAUCUAAAGACAUUAAUAACAGCAAUAAUAGUUCCGACUAUGAAGACAUUCAAGUAACAAAUGAGAUUAAUAAGGCACUGGCAAACAAUCGAGAAUUACCUGACGGUAGAAGUGAUCCAGAUGGAAGUUCUGAAACAUCUCCAGCACCAGGAUCAUUAAAAAAUUCACAGCAAUCGAUUGAUCCAAGAACAUCAUUUUUGCACUCGACUGCUAAUAAGCCAAAAGUGCCGAUAAAACCCGUAAGUGUGAAUGUUGUCAAGCCCUUUCAGAAACGUAAUGCUGAAAUCAUCAUGCAACUUCAACAGGUGAUAAUUAGCAAGGAACGAUCACUGUCAAACGAUUCAUUAGACACAAAAGCAACGAAAAAAUCACGAGCUCCAGAGCCGCCUCUAAAUAAUGAAAGCGAAAUGAUGAAGACUUUUAAAGAGGAAUCUUUCGCAGAUGAAGAGCCUUUGAAAUGCUUUAAAGAGUUUUCACAUUCAAAAUCGAAAUUCUCUAUAAAGACGAAUACUGUGCAAAUUAAAGAGCCACGUAACUAUCCUGCAAUUAAUCCGAAAUUCCGGAGUCUUAAUCAUCUUAAUAAGGCACAUGAAGCACAAGAGAAAUUGGAUAAAUUUGAAAAGCUUCAAAGUCCAACAUCACCAGAACCAGCACCACGUCAUAGCUUAUCAUUUUCAUCAGAUUCAUUAGCUGAUCUUGAAAAAGGAAAGAAGAAGAAAUUUUCAAUCAAAAAAUUUUUAAGAAUGGGAAAUAGUAAGACUGAACAUACACCGAAAAAAGAUUACAGUCAUUAUGCAGAUAUUCCAACAAGUCCAAGUGAUGAUGCAUUUAAUGCACCACAAGUUAAGCCUCGUUUAAUUAUUAUUCAUCCUUUGGACAUCAAUAAUUGUGGCGUUGAAGUUGUAAGCACACCAACAAGUUCAUCACAGCCCAGCACACCGACAAUUGCGUUAUCUGAAAAAAAUCAAUCAGUAUCGAGCCAUAAAAAGCCACCAAUGCCACCAAAUCGCAGUGAUUCUACUAAAUUAGAGAUGAAUAAACCAACACGUCCACCUCCGCCAAAAAAUAAUGAGCUACGAAUAAAAUUAGAAUCUGAAAAUGUCGAGCCACAAAAGACAACGAAAAUAUCUUCGAACGAUACAGUUUAUGCUAAUUUAGGUGAGAUUAGGAAUUCGAUUGCACCAAGAAAGCCAGAACGAACAAACAGCAUGAGAGAACGUGAAGCAAAAACAUUGGAAUUACAACGAAAGCAGCCUGGUAUUAAUGGAAAUGCUGAAAUGGAUGACUUGAAAGGUGUUAACAAUAAGAGUGAUGAUGAUCACACAGAGACGUAUAAAAAUGAAGAUUCAAUAAUUGCAAAGCCCGUCUUAAAGCCAUCAUCCACAACUAUUGUUAAUGGUGACUGCAAAAAGAAAUUACCUGAAAUUGAAAAUGUUUCAACUCGCAGCAAGAUUGAAUUGUUUGAGAAUAAUGCACUGAAAAAUGAUACGAAACCGAGCAUUAACAUAAAUAAAUCAUCAUCGCCGAAUGUCACUAAGCAGCAGACAACUUUCUUUGUUAAUAGUGAUGGAUUGAAGUCGUCUGUUCAAAAAAUGAAUAUGACAAUUGAUAGCUACUUGAAAAAUAAGAAGCUAAGCUCAUCAGACUCAAAUUUAUUGGAUAAUAGUCGCUCGCCAACACCUCCACAGCAGCAAAUUAUAGCGAAUGUGUCAUCUCCAUUGCCUUUAAUAAAUUAUAACAACAAUCGUAAUAUGGGAUUGAGGAAUAAUGCAUCAAAUUAUGAACCGAUUAAUGUUAAUGUUAGUGCCAAAUUAAAUUAUCAUCGUUCUAGCUAUCCUGACAAUGGAAUGUGCUCGCCAACGCUUACUUUUGGUAAUGCAACACGUUCUUAUUGUGGCAGUGAAAUAGGGGAAUCGGAGAUCUAUUCGCCAUACAGUUUUUGUGGAAGUGAUGCAGCAUGUUUGGAUGUUUCACAAAGUGAUUUAACUGACGGAUGUCAGGGAUCGUCACGCAAUAAGAUCGUAAACCGAUUAAGAUUAAGAAAAGGUCGAAGUGUUGUGCACACAAAUUUAGAGGAUAAUUAUUCGGCCGUAAUUAUUGCAAAUCAUGAAGCUCUUGCUCAAGUCUUAGAUCAGCUUCAACAACCUCAAUCAAUUCCCUCAUCAAUGCGUCCAAUUGCGAAUUGUUUAAAUUUACGAUUUGAUGAUUUCAUUAUUCUCGAUUCUAUUGGCUUGGUUGUUGGAAAGCGUGUCUUUCAUCAAGCAGUCUGGCAAAAUUCCAUUUAUGUAACAUUAGUGCUCACGUCAGAUGCUAAUCAAAUGGUGUCUGGCAGUGAAUUGAAUCAAAUGAGCGGUGGAAUAUCGGGAGCUUUAAAUCCAAUUACAGAGUUUUGUGAUUUAGUUCCAAAUAAUUAUUUACCAUCAAUGCCAACAGCUAAAAUUCAAAUGGUGCAAGCUACAAUAACAGUUCUACCGAAAAUGCAAGUUGAAACAUUGGAAAUGAUGGGUUCAGUCAUGAAAUCAAAAAUACAGAAUAACAGUCUUUUCGGUAAUUUAACUGGAAGUGAUGAAAAUGUCGAUACAAUCUCAAUGAACGAAAAAUCACCGACUACAACAACAUCAGCACUUGACGGUACAAAAAGUCCAAGCAAAAGUGGUCUUCUCGAUGACUUGCUUUGUCGCGAAGUUGGAUUUAUUGUUUUACAACUUGUGAAUGGCUUAAAAGCUAUGCAAGCUAAAGGAACUGAAGAGAUGCCAAUGAAUCUCAUGAAUAUUAUUGUGUGUCGUGAAAUGGAGAAUAAGGAACAACAGGCUAGACUGUGCAUUUUGCAAGGUACCAACUCGGAUUUAUCACGAGACGAGGACGAAGUAAUGGGAACUUUAUGCCAAUGUGCCUUGAAGGUUAUCAAAGAACUUUUACCGGAAACAAAGCUAACACAACUUUUAUCAGAUUUGCUUGUUCAAGAACGUGCCGAUACUCUUACAAAAAUCAAGUCAGUAUUAGAAUACGUUUUAUGGGGACCUAGUGAUGUAUCAAUUAAUGGUCCAUUGCGUGAGCGCGAAUUAACCUUGCAACGUUGGUUAGAUUUGGCGAGAGCAACAGUUUUGCAUGGUCUUGUGCGCACAAAAAUCGAAUUAACGAUCUACGACGAAUGCCAUUUAAUUUUCUUGGUUCGAUCCAAUUCGAAGAUUAUGCUCGAUGCAUCACAAAUUAUAGCCACUAAUUUUAAUAAUAAUUCAAAUUGAAUACUCUUACAUUGUUGUUAAUUAUUACUAUUAUUUUUUUCGUACCUUUUUGCCUUCGAAACUGAUCAAAAUUAGGUUUAGUAGUUGCCUAAUAUGCAUAUAUGUAUCUAAUUAAGGUUUAUAUAUUUUUUUCCUAUGUUUUAAGUUUUUUUUUUCUUUAAAAAUGUUAAUAUUUUCUUCGCAAUAUUAUAUUAGAUUAAUUCGAAAAAACAAAAUUCAGUUAUUAUGUAUCAAAUAAAUGUGUCUAUUUGAACA